UGUUUAAUUAAUAUUCAUGAGGCAAAAACAUCGCCAUAGUAUGAUUAAUAAUUUCGUACAGAAAACAAGGCAAGCUAGCUGCUCCUCUAAAGGAGCGUUUUCCUUAACAAAAUUUAAUGCUUUUAUCGCAAGAAAAGGUGCUCGUUUAGGCCAUGGCUUUAUUUGUUUUUAAUUCGGCAUCAAAGAUGGUUUCGUCUCCGUUUGUAAUAUUACAUUUUAUUCUCAUCUGCGUCACUUUGCAUUGGAACAAUCUGGCCGAGGCUAAAAUGAAUCCCAGACCGAAUAUAGUUCUAAUCCUAACUGAUGAUCUAGAUGUGUCUAUCGGGGGAAUGAUCCCUUUGGUGAAGACUAAAAAGCUGAUAGGCGAUGCUGGGAUAACCUUUACAAACACGUUUGUCGCCAGUCCCCUUUGCUGUCCCAGCCGGGCGAGCAUCCUGACGGGCAAAUACCCUCAUAACCAUCAUGUGGUCAACAACACGCUGGAGGGCAACUGCAGCAGCACUGCAUGGCAGAAGACCCAAGAGCCCGAGACUUUCCCUGCCUUCCUUCAGAAACACGGCAUCUAUCAGACCUUCUUUGCUGGGAAGUAUCUGAAUGAGUACGGGAAUAAAAAAGCAGGAGGUGUGGAGCACGUUCCUCCAGGCUGGGAUCACUGGUUCGCCUUGGAGAGAAACUCCAAAUACUACAACUACACGCUGUCAGUGAACGGCAGGGCGCAGCGGCAUGGACAGAACUACAGCGAGGAUUACCUUACAGAUGUUCUGGCCAAUAUUUCCAUUGACUUCCUGGAAAACAAGUCUAACCGCAGGCCUUUCUUCAUGAUGGUGUCCACACCGGCGCCGCACUCACCCUGGACAGCAGCUCCUCAGUACGAGAGCAGUUUUCCCAACAUUAAAGCGCCAAGAGACCCUAACUUUAACAUACACGGCAAGGACAAGCACUGGCUCAUCAGACAAGCAAAGACGCCCAUGACGAACUCCUCAGUGGAGUUCUUGGAUAACGCCUACAGAAAACGGUGGCGCACUUUACUAUCAGUAGAUGACCUGGUGGAGAAGGUGGUGAAAAAGUUGGAGGUCAGAGGAGAGCUUAGCAACACCUACGUCAUUUUCACCUCUGACAACGGAUACCACACAGGCCAGUUUUCUCUUCCGAUGGAUAAGAGACAACUCUAUGAAUUUGAUAUCAGAGUUCCUUUGUUGGUGCGAGGGCCUAAUAUCAAACCCAACCAGACAAGCCCGUUAAUUAUAGCAAAUGUGGAUUUGGGUCCAACAAUUCUGGACAUCGCAGGAUACAGCGUCAAUGAAACUCAGAUGGAUGGGAUGUCAUUUCUUCCUAUCAUGACCGGUAAAGGGAACAGCAGCACGUGGAGAUCUGAUGUACUGGUGGAAUAUGAGGGAGAAGGGAGUAACAUCUCAGACCCUGCCUGCCCUCUGCUGGGCCCCGGGGUCUCGGAGUGUUUCCCCGACUGUGUGUGCGAAGACUCGUACAAUAACACGUACGCCUGUGUUCGCACAGUAGCACAGGCCGCCAACUUACAGUACUGUGAAUUUGAUGAUAACGAGGUGUUUGUGGAGGUCUAUAACCUGACAGCAGACCCGUUUCAGCUGAGUAACAUCGCCAAGAGCAUCGAUCAGGAAGUCCUGGAGAAGAUGAACCACCGUCUAAUGAUGCUGCAGUCCUGCUCGGGACAGUCCUGCAGAACACCAGGAGUCUACGACUUACAGUUCAGGUUUGAUCCUCGGUUGAUGUUCAGCAGCCUCAUGCCUCACAGAAACAAACGACGACAGACUCUGAAGUAGAGCGUGGAGAGGUUUACAGGAACAAGACAAAUGGCGGAAAAGAAUAAAGGGCACUGAAAAACAAGCCCUCUUGUUGCCUUUAUAUCCUGGUGUUCCCCCAAAGAUGCCCAGUCUCUCCUCUGAUGAGGUCAUCGGGGUGCGCCCAGGGUACCAAACACACCACAGACACUUUCAGGACGACCUUCAUCCCCUCCAGCUCUCAUUCACAUCAGAUCCUCUCAAACGUCUGGCUGACACACAUCUGUGAGAGCAUUCACAUCAUAUUCCUCUUUAUUCUAAAUGUUCAGUUUUGCUGCAUUAACAAUAACACAGGAUAUUGUCUUUAUUUUAAUGUUUUGAAAAUUUUGUUUUACUUGAGCUCGAAUUUUGUAAUGCAUUUGAAAAUUGUUGGAUUAUUUGUUUGUUUGCCAGAUGUGUCUGAAACAUUUCACUGCACAUAUUCAGUCAUAAAAGUAUUUACAACUGCACUAAGCCUGCCUUUUACAAUAAACACUUAGAAUGGAAGCUUGUUUUUGGCUGCAGGAUAAAAAAUAGAAAAGGUAAUUGCAACUUUUUAUCUUACAAUUUGAAAACAUUUUUCCUUGCAAUUCUGAGUUAAUAUCACAAUUUGGAUUUUUUUUCCAAUUGCAAGAUAUAAACUCGCAUUUCUGAGAAAAAAAUUGCGAGAUGUAAACUGAUCAUAUUUCAUAUUCUAUCACAGAAUAAUAAACAAAAAGUAACCUCAGAAUUCAGGGGUUUUUUUCUUGUCACAAAUCUCACAAUUCAGACUUCUCAUAAUUGCAACUUUAUAUAUAAUAAAAGAGAGUUAUAUCUUGACUUUUUUUCUCAGAAUUGUGAGUUUAUAUCUUGCAAUUCUGAAGUCCUGCAAUUACCUUUUUUUUCUUCUUUUUUUUUUUUAUCCCAUAGCAGAAAUAGGCUUGCAUAUGAUAAUGAACUACAGUAUUUUUAAUGCACAAUAUACCUUAUUAUAUAAAGACAUUCUCUCACUUUUUCAGUUCCUGUCACUCACAUAUGGCAGCACACAAUCUGUGUUUGGACAGACAUUUCACUUGAGUCACACAACUAUAUGAUUCACUAACUAAGUGCAAAUAUUGUAUUUAGCAUUUCAUUAUUGUCUUUUAAAUGUUUUGUGUUUGAUGGAUGUUAGUUGUGAAUGAGCCAAAGCUGUGGAUCACAGCAGGUCAUUGAUGAACCUGUGUAUUUUUGGUUCUUUGAGGGAAAUCCUGCGGUGGGUUGCUGUUGCUUUGCUCUCACUCACAGAAACCCAGACUUAAGCGAUAAGGGAUUGUUUUACUUUCAGACUACUACCUAAACUUCAUCAAUCUUCUGCUGUGACUGGCAAUAUCUCAAAUCACCCAAAGUGAUCUGAGAGGCGGCAGACAGGCAUAAACAGAUCUUUCUCACAAUACUUCAAUAUAUCCGUUCAGUGAAGCACUUUCCAGUCUGUGAUCAACAUGCCUGACAUGUUUAAUGACGUUUUGCACAUAAUUCUUUCAUUAUAUUUCUUAGUAGCAUUGCAAUGGUUGGUGUGGACUUUUGUCUUGUGUGUUUGAUUGAUAAAAGCAUUCUGAAAUA